GACUUUGGCUUGGUUUCGCGAAAAAAAAAAACGACGCUCGGUUUACCCGAAACACAUAAAAACGAACGUACCAGGAUUAUUGCAACGUGAUUGGCUAAGGAUUAAUCGCAUUACAAUUACCAGUGCUAAUUAAUGAAGAAAUGCUAACGGGUGCUCAGGGUGAUAAGUGGAGCUGUGAAAAGUAGUGAAAAUGUCUCAACACCCUUCAAGGCCACCCGGGGGACCGGGUGGCUGGGGUGGGAGGCCCAGUGCUCCAAGUCCCUUCAGACCAGCCUCACCCUAUAGUCCUACCUCGUCGCCGAAUCCUCACAAUCGUUCUCGAGGACCACCUACUCCUGUUCAUCAUCCUCAUCCAAUGUCACCGUUGACCUAUCCGCAUAUGAUGCACCCCAUGAGUCCAGUUCCCAUGGGGAUGCCCAUUUCGCCGGGGAUGUCGCCUGUUUUUGGAUGUCCACCACCAGGAUAUAUACAGUGUCCCAGACCACGUUGGCCGUCGCCGAUUCAACCAGGAACAUCGGCACCCAGGCCUUUUAUACCAGCUCAGGUUCAGAGUCCUAUUGGGAGUGGAUCAUCUUCACCAGUUCCAUGUGGUCCACCGGAGUACCUGAUUGCUCCAUAUAGACCAGGAGAGUACGAGUACGUCGGAGUACCCUUGGAUCCUGCUCAGGGCGACGAGGAAGCUACCGGACCCAGCACCGCAGAAAUUAUUGCCAGUCAAAGUCAGGAUUACGUUGAUGAGAAAUUAGCUGAGUACCAGGCCACCAUCCAGCAGCUUCAAGUUGACCGUUGCCGGACAUAAUGAUGAUCUUGGCAUGAGUGAUCUCAAUGGGAGAAGACUUGGCGAGCUUUUCUACUAGUUGAUAGAAGUACUAUGACCACCGAAGUGGGUAAGGUAGAUACCUACGCAAGGUAUGAAACAAGAAUACCCAAAGUAUACAGAUUUUGAUACCGAUUAGAAGAAAAAAUAAAUAAAACGCAUCUCUCGGCGAACGAACAACUUCUCAGCCCGAUAUGAUUCUCAGUGUAUUUCUAAAGCUCGGCAAUUUUUAACCUCUAGACGUAUCUAGGUAAGGACGCACAUGAGACCCAUAAAUUUUCUUUGCAAAACCCCACAAUAUUCGCAUGCUGCACAUUUGCGUUGACUGUGCAGGGAAAUA